GUAGUGGAAUGGUGUUUAGAGGAACCCACUAAUUAUUUCCACACUCCAGCACAGUAGAUGGUGGUAAACAUGUACUCACAUAGUCCUCAACCCACCAGUAACAUCACUAUAGAAGAAGUGGAACAGCAGCUGAUCUAUCAUGCAGAUGAUCUUCUGUAAAUGAAUAUCACAUCUGGACCUGAUGGAGUUAUAAUGGAAGAUGAAAGAUGGUUCUUCUUGGUGUUUAUGAGGAACCUGAACUCUGGUCUACAUUAAACACACAAGAUCUGUAUCAGAGAUGAUGUGGAUGUGAGUGAAGAACUUCUGAUUCUGACCUGUGAAGAAAAACCAUGGAACCUUGCUCUCCAGAGGAGGAAGAGAAGGUGCAGUUGAACAGCUACACUGAUGGAAGCCUCCACGACGGACUGGACCUGUCCCACUUUAAAGAGGAAGAAGCAGAAGAUGAUGAGAACCUCUACUGUGAGGAGUGCAAAUCCUUCUUCUUCAACAAGUGUGAGCUUCACGGUCCAGCUCUCUUCAUCCCUGAUACCUCUGUACCCACUGUGGUUCCAGACCGAGCCAGACAGACUCUUCCACCCGGUCUAGAGGUUCAGCAGUCUGGUAUUCCUGGUGCAGGUCUGGGGGUGUUUAAUAAGGGGGAGACCGUUCCAGUGGGUGCACACUUCGGACCCUACCAGGGAGAAGCGGUGGAUAAAGAGGAAGCCGUGAGCAGUGGGUACUCCUGGGUGAUAUACAGGAGUGGUCGGGGUGAGGAGUACAUAGACGCCAAGAGUGAGAUGCAUGCCAACUGGAUGAGGUUUGUGAAUUGUGCUUGUAAUGAUGAUGAGCAGAAUCUGACGGUGUUUCAGUAUCGAGGAGGAAUCUACUUCCGAAGCUGUCGACCCAUCACCUUAGGACAGGAGCUCUUGGUUUGGUAUGAAGAGAAGUACGCAGGAGAAGAUCUCAGCAUCACGUUCAAUCACAUCUGGAACAAGAAGUGCUCCACAAAUGAAAGCAAUGACGCCAUGGUGCGAGUCUUCUCCUGCUCCUCCUGCCCACUGUCCUACACAUCUGAAGUUUACCUCCACAAACACAUCAGGAGAUCCCACCACGAGGAGUUCGUCAAGCUGCUGAAAUCAGGAGAGAUCAAACACGGAACUCCGAGCCCGACCCCCAGCAGCCAGCGAGAGCCCCCUGACGCCCUCCAGAAGGGGAUUCACCGGUGCCCGGACUGCGGGAAGAGCUUUGCUCUGAGAAAGUGUCUCAGACAGCACCGGCGUGUUCACACGGGAGAGAAGCCGUACCUCUGUUCACAGUGCGGGAAGAGGUUCGCCCAGCAGAACGAUCUCCGACGGCACCAGCGCAUUCACACCGGAGAGAAGCCGUAUCACUGCGCACAGUGCGGGAAGAGAUUCAUUCAACAGAUCCAGCUCCAGGUACACCAGCGCCUUCACACCGGGGAAAGACCGUACCGGUGCCCGGAGUGCGGGAAGAGUUUUACUCAGCACGGCGGCCUCGUCUAUCACCGGCAGAGUCACACCGGAGAGAAACCGCACGUCUGCUCACAGUGUGGGAAGAGGUUUGUUAGACGCGGUACCCUCCAAAAACACCAGCGCAUUCAUACCGGUGAGAAGCCAUAUCACUGCCUGCAGUGCGGAAAGAGUUUCGCUCAACAGAGUACACUUCAGCUACACCAGCGCAUUCACACAGAGGAAAAGCCGUUUCAGUGCUCCCACUGCGGGAAGAGUUUUAUCAUAAAGAGUCAUCUCGAAAGACACCAACGCGUUCACACGGGAGAAAAGCCAUAUCAGUGCUCACACUGUGGGAAGAGUUUUGCUCAGCGGGGUACUCUUCAGCUGCACCAGCGCACUCACACAAUGGAGAAGCCAUAUUGCUGCUCGCUAUGUGGGAGGAGUUUCACCGGAAAGAACAAUCUCAUGCGACACCAGCGCAUUCACACCGGAGAGAAGCCGUACCAGUGCUCGCAGUGCGGCAAGAGCUUCACCGGAAAGAACAAUCUCGUACAACACCAGCGCGUUCACACGGGAGAGAAGCCGUACCAGUGCUCGCAGUGCGGGAAGUUCUUCUCCCGCCCGACCUCCCUCCAAAUCCACCGGCUCAUUCACUCGGGAGAGAAGCCGCAUCAGUGCCCGGACUGCGGGAAGAGUUUCACUCACCAUAGUUAUCUCAGACAGCACCAGCGCAUUCACACAGGAGAGAAACCGUAUCAGUGUUCGCGCUGCGGGACAGGGUUCACUCGACAGAGCCAUCUCCAGCGCCACCAGAGCCUGUACACAGGAGAGAAGAUCUGUCACUGCUUAACCUGUGGAAGGAUUUUUACUUGUUUAUGUGCAUUCAAGGCUCACGUGUGCACCUACACCAAACCUUCAGCUCAUUACCUUCACUUGUCAAAUCAACAAACCUGAUCUGUAAUUGUAUUUUUGUGUUCUGGGGGGUUUCUGGUUCAGACAUUUUCAUUUCCUUCAGUCCUGACUUCCUGAGAGCAUCAACAAAGUAGGGGAAGAUUGUUGACUGCACCAACAUUCCCUCUUACCCUUGAUUUUAUCUCUCACAAACACCGAGAACAUGUUGAACUCCAUAUCGUCCUUUUAAUGUGGCUACCUCAUAAUAUUUGGAGGUUUUGAACCAGAAUCUCUGUAAAGCUGCUUUGUGAUAAAUUUUACUGGUGUUAAAGUAAACCACCGAAAUCUAAAA